ACAUUUCUGGCAUUCGGGACACUCUAUGGCACCCGAACUUUUUUCUCAGUCGACAUAAACAUACUGCAUAGUGUCUGUUGUAGUUCGAAUUCUUUGUCUGUGAAAUCAAAAUUUUUUCUAUUAAAAAUAAGUUUCAAACAGAUAGUUUUCUCCAAAAUAGCACAGUGAUCUUUUAUCAGUGAAUAAAGUGCCAAGGACUCCAAUUCAAUUGUCAAGGUUAUAAUCCAGUGACUUAUACGAGAAUUGUCAAAAUCAGCUGCCAUUGCUGUAGCGUGUUCUACAUAUUCUACAAUAUUUUUAGUUUAUUUUUUAAUCGACUUUUUUAUAGAAUUAUCAGCUUCAUAUUCCAUAAUAAGGGUAAUUUUACAGUUUUUAUCAGAUUUUAAGUAACUAAGGAGUCGUAUAUUUUUCAAAUAUAACUCAUUGUGCUAACCGUUGAAGAGUCUAGCAGUAAAUGCAGGAUUCGCAAGUAAUAUGGAUCCUUCUAUGUUUGUUACUUACACGCCGCAAGCGAAUGUAGUUCCAUUGGAAUCAAAACUUGCAACUUAUAUGAAUCGUCAGAGUCCAGCCACAACAUUAAACACCAACAUGGUAACAAAGCACCUGUCAUCUCUGUCAUUAGACGCGAGUAAAAAAGUGACUGCAAGCCCAGAAUUUGUACCAGGUCGCGGUCUUACUAGUAGUACUAGCAAUUCUCCUAAUCUUUUUGGUAAUUCGUACCACUCUCAGGAGAAUGUUGGUGGUACAACUUAUUUUUACUUAGGGAAUGCAGCUGGAGAUUCUGUCAGUGCCGAGGAUGGAAGUGAAGUUAUUGGCAAUGUUGGUACAAAUCAGGUUGGAGGGUAUGUUUAUCCAGGAACACCUGGACAUCUUCAAGCAACAAAAUCAACAAAAGCUCCAACAUCCAAUAAUUCUUCAGCCCCAUCAACUCCCCCACCACCUCAAGUGAAUUCUAGUUUCUUUAUAAGCGCAAAUCUACGAAUGGAUAUCUUGCACAAAAACUCUUUGACCUUGAGCCAACCUGAUCCGGUACAAUUUCCUGACCUACCAACAGAAGUGGAUAAUUAUCAUGAACUCGUUCCAUUAGAACAAAUUCAUAAACCUGCAUCUACGGUUCUGGGUUACCAAACAUCUACCUAUAAAGCUACAAGUUUGAAAAAUGGCAAUCGUUAUUGUUUACGUCGUGUUCACGAUUUCCGUCUCGGCAAUACAAAGUGUAUGGUACUCGUUGAAAUGUGGAAACGUAUUUCCCAUACAAAUGUCGUUCAAUUACUUGAAGUUUUUACAACAAAAGCAUUUGGUGAUCAUUCUAUCGUGUUUGUGUACGACUACCAUCCGGGUGCUGAAACUCUCUUAAAUAAACAUUUCUCAGGAUCAGAGCUCAACGGUUAUGCAGAUCCAUUCUGCUCAGAUCCUAAUGCUCCAAGGCCUUACAGCCACACAAAAAAUACGAUACUAAGACAACAGCAUAAUAGUAUGUUACCUGAGAGUGUAAUUUGGAGUUAUAUUAUCCAAUUAACAGCAGCUUUACGUGUUAUACAUGCUGGCGGUGUAGCUUAUCGAUGUUUGGAUCCUACAAAAGUGUUGUUGACAUCGAGAAAUCGUCUACGAUUAAGUUGUGCUGCAGUUCCUGAUGUUGUAACGUUUGAUGGCAAUGCAGCCAAUCCUUUAUCAUUAAUUCUCCACUAUCAGCAGGAAGAUCUUAUUGCUUUAGGGAAGUUGGUGUUAGCAUUAGCUUGCCGCAGUUUCCUCGCUGUCCACCGCGAUAAUAUUCAAGCAUCUCUUGAACUCGUUGCCCGGUCCUACUCUACUGAUCUCCGAAAUUUUAUUUUAUACUUGCUGUCGGACCAAGCGAGAAAAUCUGUAACAGAUUUAAUGCCGAUGAUUGGAGCCCGUUUUUAUACCCAAUUAGAUACAGUCCAACUUCGUUCGGACGUACUUGAAAAUGAGCUAGCCAAGGAAUUCGAGAAUGGUCGAUUAUUUAGGCUACUCGUUAAACUAGCUACAAUAAAUGAAAGACCAGAGCUUAAUAUGGAACUAACAUGGGCUGAAACGGGUGAUCGUUACAUGCUCAAAUUAUUUAGAGAUUAUGUUUUUCAUCAAGUUACUCCAGAUGAUCGACCCUGGCUUGACAUGGCACAUGUUGUUUCUUGUCUAAAUAAAUUAGAUGCUGGAUCCUCCGAUAAGAUUUGUCUGAUGUCCAGAGAUGAACAAAGCGUGUUAGUAGUCAGUUAUGCAGAAUUGCGACAGUGUUUAGAGAAUUCAUUCGAUGAAUUAGUGCAUGCCGCAAAAGAUGCCGCCUAAAUGAGUAUGGAUUAAAGAAAAUACAAAAUCCAUUAUUCGGAAGUACCAUUGUGAUAAUAUAAACAUUUAACAAUACUAUGAUUUUAAUGUGUAUCGAUUUUAGAAGUUAUGAAAUGUGUCAGUGAAAAAUACAAAGAAGAAGAAGAAGCGGGUUAUGUUCAAUCCGUUAUUGAAAUCAUUUUCUGUACAAUAUAACAGCAUAAUAUUUUAAGGUAUAAAUCAUGUAUAUGAGCAAUCUCAGACCAACUGACAUGGUUCAAAAGAUUAGUUUUUGUCUUGAUAAUACAUGAAAAUUCUUUAAACAGAAAAAAAAUAGUAAAAUCCAAAAAGCAAAACUAAUUUCUAAAUAUAUACUUUUGUGUAUAAGAUUAUAAUGUUCUUAGAUUCUAGACGCUCAUGAACAUUCAAUUUUAAAUAAAUGUUUAUUUUUGAAGAG